AUGGUGUUUUGGCUGCUGGCGCUCCCGCCCAAGGGCGGCGCCCCCGGCCGCAGCCGCACGUGGGAGCUCCUGCAGGAGAAGACGUCCUACGGGCAGCAGCUGUCGAGCAAUUUCAAACUGGACGUCCCAGAGCUGAGGGUUGGCACCCUGGAUACGCUGCUGGCGCUCAGCGACGAUCUGGUCAAAGUGUCGGCCGCGGUCGACGCGGCGGUGGCGAAGAUCCGCCGCACCGUGACUGACAUGACGGGGCCGGGCGCGGUGGCGACGCUGAAGGCGACGGCUCUGCCGUUGCACAAAUGCGACGACUGGAAACGGUGA